GAUUGUUCUUAGACUUUGAUUUGAGCGAGAGAGUUUAGCAUUUUUUGUGGACAGCAUCAACAGGACCAAAGCAGAGAACAAAGAGGCAAACAUUGAGAGAAUUCCUGAUUUCAAGAUGAAGUUGCUUGUCAAGGAAGAGUGGCCUUUUGGAACUUCGGAAAGAAAGCUGACAAUCGCAGUUGUAGAUACUGAGAUAACAAGGCAUGCAACUUUUACCCCAUUUUUCGCAUUCUCUAGUGGACCUUUAGUUUGCAGAAUCAUUCGUUGCAAAGCCAAUCUUGGCACCAUUUCCAUUUCCUGCUCCACUGGCAUUUGAUCAUCAGCCUUCCCUAUCUGAAAUUGUACCGUAAAAGAAAUAACGCACUUUCCAUGUUCAUUGAGAAAAAAGAAAACCACAUAUACUUGUAAUAUUUGUGCUUGAUCGGGAUAUAAUAAAACAAGAAAACUAUCUCCUUUUUUUUUUUUUUCAAUUGGCAUGGGAAAAUUUAUGAUGUCCUUAAAACUCUAUUCUCUACUGCAAGCAUGAUUUGUAUCCACAUCUUUGAUAUAAAACCAUCAAAGGACACUUUAUCAACUCAAGAGAUACCUCUGUUUAAGUGAUGUGC